CAGAUCCCUCAGGGUGUGUCUCUGCUUGGGGUGAUCUUGUCCUUGGACAAAACAAAGGUCACCAAUAUAUCUGGUAAUCGAUACGCUCACCCUCUCCUGAUAGGUGUGGCAAACAUCACCUCUUCCUCACACGCUAAGGCUUCGCUCCAUGCAUAUUUACUUGUCACGCUUAUCCCAGUACCAAAAUUUGUCCAUUCUAAUGCAAGGGUGCACGGCGUACUUGCGGAUCGGCUGUUCCACCAGUGCAUCAGCAUUGUAACCGAACCACUGAAGGCAGCUGCCAAAAUGGGCAUCAUGAUGAAUGACCCUGUUGGUAAUAGCAGGUAUUGCUUCAUGCCCUUGGUUUUCUAUGUCGCAGAUACUCCCAAGGAGCUCCUGGUUGCCUGCAUUUGCAGCAAUGUGUCCUCUGUCACCACCGCCACCCGAGAUCAGUUC